UGUGGGAUUUUUGAAUAGUUGCACUAGGAGGCCAGAGUUGAGAGGGAUAGCAUGGAGUAGGGAUGGAGGGAGGGACCAGUUCUGAGGAGGAGAUUUAGGAUCCCAGAAUGGAAAAGGGUUGGAGGCGGAAAGAAAAAAAAAAAAAAAAAAAACGCCGAUGGGGGCGGAGGGGAGGGGGCCUGUAAGUCUGUGGCAGUCCUAGGGGAGGAGAUGGGGCGGGGGUAGCCAGAAAUAGGUGUGGUUCGGAUUCUGGAGAAGCAGUCGCUCAUGAAUUGAAAAAGAAUUUCUUCGCUCAGAGUAAAGAAGCCUGGAGCGUGGGACAGAGGCCUGACUUCUUCAGGCCAGUGGGAGGGGAAAAGGGCUCUUGUAGUUGCUGUCGGGAAGGGGUGGGAGAGAGAUCUGGAGUACGCGGGACGGGUCUCCCUCCCAAGGAGGGGACCGAAGCCACUCAAAUGAUCCUCUUCAAGGCUUAGAUAAGCUUUAUCCAUAGCUCCUAUAGCAACAUCUGCCCCAAUUUCAGCCGAAGACCCAGGGGCCCCAGGGACUGGAAGAAAUCACAUUGCCUGCUUGGAAAGAAGAGGUAGCGGCUUGCCCCAGCCCAAACCCAGAGCGGCUCCGGAGUUGGGCUGCUCAUGCACCAAGCUGUCUGUUUAUAUGGAUUGCCUGGAGGGCGCCUACCAUGGGUCUGUUGCUAACACCACUAACCAGGAGAGCUGGCUGGCUGGGGAGAAGACACUAACCCCAAACUCUUGGCUAGAGGAAGUGGAGGGGCCGUGGGAUGUGGAGAGCCAAAGGCUAACUCCAGGACAGCAGAACAGAGAGAGCUGCCAGCGAACAGACGCAGGUAGACGAGCUCACACCUUCCAGAAUGACCAGUGCUGCCCCUGCUAAGAAACCUUACCGUAAGGCACCCCCAGAGCAUCGGGAGCUGCGCCUGGAACUCCCUGUGUCCCGGCUUGAGCAAGAGGAGCCCCUUACUGAUGCAGAGAGGAUGAAACUUUUACAGCAGGAGAAUGAAGAACUUCGCCGACGCCUGGCCUCGGCCACCAGACGCACCGAGGCCUUGGAGCGGGAACUGGAAAUAGGGCAAGACUGCCUAGAACUGGAGUUAGGCCAGAGCCGUGAGGAGCUGGACAAAUUCAAGGACAAAUUCCGCAGGCUGCAGAACAGCUACACAGCUUCCCAGCGGACCAACCAGGAACUCGAGGACAAGCUGCACACACUGAUCAAGAAGGCCGAGAUGGAUAGGAAGACGCUGGACUGGGAGAUUGUGGAGCUGACCAACAAGCUACUGGAUGCAAAGAACACCAUCAAUAAGCUGGAAGAGCUCAAUGAGCGGUACCGGCUGGACUGCAACUUGGCUGUGCAGCUCCUCAAGUGCAACAAGUCCCACUUCCGGAAUCACAAGUUUGCGGAUCUACCCUGUGAGCUACAGGACAUGGUUCGGAAACAUCUGCGGAACAGUCAGGAGGCUGCCAGCCCCAGCCCUCCUUCCAGCCUGGCCCCAGGGGCUGUGGUGCCUACCUCAGUCAUUGCCCGGGUGCUGGAGAAACCCGAGUCCCUCCUGCUUAACUCAGCCCAGUCAGGCAGUGCUGGCCGCCCCUUGGCUGAGGAUGUAUUUGUGCAUGUGGACAUGAGUGGGGAUGUGCCAGCUGACUCAGCCACCUCCCCUGCCCCUGGCAGUCCCUCUCCACAACCCAAUGGGGAAUGCUGUUCAGUGAGUACUGCAGGGGGCUCCCCAGAGGAGGAGCUGCCCCUGCCAGCCUUUGAGAAGUUGAGUCCCUACCCUACCCCAUCUCCACCACACCCAUUGUAUCCUGGUAGGAAGGUAAUAGAGUUCUCUGAGGACAAGAUUCGAAUUCCUCGAAACAGCCCCCUACCCAACUGCACCUAUGCCACUCGACAGGCCAUCUCCUUGAGCUUGGUGGAGGAGGGGGGUGAGCGGGUCCACCGCAGCCCAGUGCCUAGCAGUCCUGCCUCAGCCCAGGGCUCACCCCAUCACCAGCCCAGUCCCGCUCCCUCAGCACUGAGUGCCCCAGCGAGCUCCGCCAGCUCUGAGGAGGACCUGCUGGCCAGUUGGCAGCGUGCGUUUGUGGACCGCACCCCGCCUCCUGCUGCUGCGGCCCAGCGCACAGCCUUUGGACGAGAUGCGCUCCCUGAGCUGCAGCUGCAUUUCUCCCCGAGCCGCUCUGAAGCCCCAUCACCUUCCCUACACCACGAGAGUAGACUUUUGCUGCCAACAGAACCUGACGCUGGCUUUCCCAGGGAAGAGGAAGAGGAAAUGCUGAACCUGCCUGUCAGCCCUGAGGAAGAGCGCCAGAGCCUGCUUCCUGAUAAAGAGGGCACAGAGGAAGGACUGAGCCCUUCCCACACUGAUGGCAGGGCCUGGCCACUCCCCAGUUCCAGCCGCCCCCAGCGCAGCCCCAAGAGAAUGGGAGUACACCACCUGCACCGCAAGGACAGCCUAACUCAGGCCCAGGAGCAAGGCACCCUGCUCAGUUAGGUCUACUUGCCUUCCUGCCAUCACCUCUCAGGGUUGCACAUGGCCCCUGAACUCUUCCCUCAGACCUGGCCAGCUCUGUUCCCUAUGUGAAUGGGGCGCCACACCAAAUCUUGUAGGCUGCUCCAGCACUGACUGGGUCCUUUCAUCUCUUGGAGUAUUUAUUCUCUGAAGGUAACAAGUCGUUUGGGAGCUCUUUCCUCUGCCCAGUCAGCCCAGGUGUUUUCAGGGAGGUGAUAAUGGGCUUGUCUGUUCAUCUCCAUUCUCCUUUCAUAUGCAAGAGCUUUGGUUGUUGGGAGGGUAUCAUUGGUGCGGCUGACCUGAUCACUUUUCCCCUGUAUGAGCUGCUCUUAGGCCUGGCCCACUUGGCCAGGGACAAGGGUGGACUCACUCAGGGUUCUCCUCAGCUGUUCCCACUCGCCCUUCCAGAGUGGGCGGGACUUCAGGGGCCUCAAGCUAGGCUCUGGGUGAGGGCCGGCCCCCUCUUAACCUUGGCUCAAGACUGUUGCUCCCAGAUUUGGGUAAUUUUCACAACAAUGGCUAUUUUAAAAUAAAUAAAACUUAUUUUACAGCUAAGGCCUAA